AUGCUUAUGUAUUUCUUUUCACCGACGAUGAAGAUGAAGACGUUGGGAGAGAAGUGGGCGGGGUUUAGGGAACCGUCACAAAUACCUAAGAUGGAGCAAUCUAUCUCUUCUCUGGCAUUCAAAGGUUCUAUCAUUGAAGCAAUCACUGAAGCGAAAAGGCAGAAAAAACUUUUUCUAGUUUACAUUUCAGGUGACAAUGAAGACUCAAUCUCUAUGGAUAAAUCUACUUGGUCAAUGUCUAGUGUGGCAGAGUCAUUAUCAAAGUACUGCAUUUUGUUGCACAUUUUGGAAGGAAGCACAGAUGCUGCUCAAUUUUCUGCAUUAUACCCACAAAAACCUGCUCCUUGUAUAACAGCUAUUGGAUAUAAUGGCAUCCAACUAUGGCAAAAUGAGGGUUUUGUUAGUGGUGAGGUUCUGGCUUCAACCCUUGAGAAAGAAUGGUUGAGUCUUCAUGUUCAGGAAACAACUGCCUCUUUUUUAUCUGCAGCACUUGUCUCCAGACAAUCUGAACAAAUUCCCUCUGCAAUUCCUCCUUCCACAUCACCUGAAACUGGAAGUUCUUCAACAUUAUCAGUUAAUACAAAUGACAAUGCUUCAGUGGAUAAAAAAGAUGUAGAUCAUGACAAAAAAUCUGAUAUUGAUAAUUCAGUUACAACAAGUAGCAAAUCAGUUAACCAAGUGAUCACAACUGCAAUUGAAUCUGAAAUUGACAAAAAACCAAACUUGAAAGCUCCUCAAGUGGUUAAAGAUGUAAAAAAGUCUGAAAAGGUUGAUAUUGAUAAUUCAGAUUUGGAUUCAAACACAAACAAAUCAACCGAUAUUCAUUUGAACAUACGAUUACCCGGGGGUAUAAAUGUCCAAGAAAAAUUCGAACCUACAAGCACUUUAAAAAUGGUGAAAAAUCACAUAGAUGAAAAACAAGAAAGUAGCAUUGGCCCUUAUGAUCUAGCCAUUCCUUACCCUCGCAAGGUUUUCACUGACCAAGAUUUAACCAAGACAUUAACAGAGUUAAAUCUACUCGAUAGACAAGCAUUAAUAAUAGUUCCACAUCUGAAAUCCACCAGUCACUACAAACCGCGAUCUGUCAUACCUAACCGUGACACAUCAGUCUCCACCACUGCCACGUCAGCGCCAGAUGGCGAAGGAUAUUUUUCACUUUGGAGAAAGGUUCUAUCAUAUGUUAACCCUUUAGCCUAUUUUGGUGGCAAUAACUCUGUACAGGAUAAUACUCAAACGACUUUGCAAGAAUCUGGUUCUGGGUCUAAUCCGGGCAGCUUUACGGGCAGUAGAAGGUCAUAUCUUGUAACAGAUAACCAAAUCAACAACCCAAGCUCAUCAAGAUUUGGAAGUGGAAGCAAUAUUCACACGUUGAAAAGAGAUGAAGAUGAUACCAAAUUUAAUGGUAAAAACGCUUUUUGGAAUGGGAAUUCCACAGAAUAUGGAGGCGAUGGAGAAAACAAGUGAGAGUUUUUUAUUUUUAUUUUUAUUUUUCGAAAAG